AUGACGGGAAUCAUCGGCGGGCCUCUUUCCAUCUUCCGCAAGUCAGACACUCACAAGCCACUCCACGCUCGAUGGGGUGAUGUUUCUAUCUCCGUGCCUACAGAUGGAUCAUGGAGCCAAUACAACAACCCCCAUCGACCAAUCAAGGGGAGAUCGGCCUACGGGCCCGGUUAUGUUCCUGAUAACUCUCCAGACCAGACGACUCAUCCGCUGAGAGAGGCAGACGAUCAUGACGACGCCAGAAGUGUCUUCAGUACGGCAUCAGCAAGUUCUCAACGAAGCUCUCUCGGCUCGAUGCUACGGGGUCGUCCUUCGGUUCGCUUGACCUCGCGCCCCAAAAAUCUCAAAAGCGAAUCCCAUGGUCGUCUAGAAAGAGACCCUCAGCAUUCCGAGAAAAAGCAUAUGGAUUUUGCGUAUCGACCCAUCCAGCACGACUACCCUUCUGAGGUGGUUGAAAACUCCAAGCAACCCAACAAUCGCUUUAGCUACGUCCGCACGAGUGGGCUUUAUCCUCAAGCUUCAGAAUCUAUAUCUCGCAGCCAAUCUGUUAGCUCUCGCCGCAGUUCUUGCUCACGCGAUCGCUCAUACGCGAAGUCUUGCGAUGGAACAGCCCGUGCUCGUGAUCACGACUCUACUCCAGGUGUUCGAAUCAGCACAUAUGAGCGCCCUGAUUCUGGAUAUAUCUCUGAUCGCUCACAGCAGCUAUCCUCUCGCCGGAGGAUAUCGCCUCUUAUUCCGGUCGAUCGGCAAAGCGGCCCUUGUUCAAAUCCUCAGAUCAUGGCGAUGGUCCCUAACCCUGACGAGCUUUAUGGGUGA